AUGUCUGAUAGCUCAAUACGACAUGGGAAACGAUGUUUUACUUCUUCUAGAAAAGUGAACUCUGCGCUGGAUGCAGAGUCCACCAUUUAUGCUCUUUCCACUGCUCCAGGGCGAGCUGCAAUUGCUGUAGUGCGGGUAUCCGGCCCUGCCUGUGUGCAGAUAUACCGCAGCCUUUGUCCCAAAGCACCUCUUCCGAAACCGCGCGUUGCGGCUCUCCGUACUCUGUACAACCCAACACAGCACCCGUCCGGUAACAGUGUGAUCGAUUCCGGCGCCCUUGUCUUGUACUUUCCUGCACCCAAAACGGUUACAGGAGAGGAUGUGCUCGAGCUACACCUCCAUGGUGGUCCGGCCAUUGUUAGAGCGGUUCUCACGGCUAUCUCUUCCAUUAACCGACCAGACUCCCUGGUUCGGUAUGCGGAGCCUGGCGAAUUUACGCGUCGCGCUUUCAUGAACGAUAGGCUAGACCUACCGCAGAUUGAGGCGCUGGGGGAUACUCUCUCUGCUGAUACAGAACAACAGCGACGCUUAGCUGUUCGGGGAGCUAGCGAUGCUCUUUCAAAGCGCUAUGAGUUCUGGCGCCAGCUGUUGCUUUAUGCGCGCGGGGAGCUGGAGGCAAUGAUUGACUUUUCAGAAGACCAGCAUUUUGAUGAGUCUAGUGAUGAGCUCGUUACGUCGGUUGCAGAACAGGUCCAUGCUCUGCACCGGCAAAUCAAGUUGCAUAUCCAGAAUGCGUCCAAGGGCGAGCUGUUGCGAAAUGGAAUUAAGGUCGCUUUACUGGGCGCUCCAAAUGCGGGUAAAAGCUCUCUGCUCAAUUUGAUUGUUGGCAAGGAAGCGGCCAUUGUUAGCACGGAAGAAGGUACUACCCGUGAUAUUGUGGAUGUCGGUAUCGAUCUUGGUGGAUGGUAUUGCAAGCUUGGCGAUAUGGCUGGUGUCAGAUCAGAACCUGGUGGCUCCGUCACUGGCGAAUCGGUCGUUAUUAGCCCUAUCGAAAAGGAGGGCAUCCGACGCGCCAAGGCAAGAGCCCUGGAAUCAGACGUGGUCCUUGUGGUCCUUUCUAUUGAAAGGGACGCAGAAAAUGUACCGUACAGACUGUCCGUUGAGAAAGAAGUUCUCGAUGCUGCCAAUGACUGUACUCAGGCGGGAAAAUGCCUUCUUAUAGUGGUUAAUAAGUGUGACAGGUUGCCCCUAGCAGACCGACUUCCAUCCGGGCAACCCCCAAGUGAGAUAACGGAGGCCAUCCGCCCGUUAUUUGAAACUGUUCCAGAAGAUCGUUUCUUCGCCAUCUCCUGCCAUGAAGCGCAAGAAGGAUUGUCCCCGGGACAGAAUGAAGUCGUAGACCCCGGCAACAUCCAGGGAUUCCUCAGAGGGCUCAUUUCAACUUUUGAACAGAUAGCUUCGCCUCUGGGCAUCGAAGGCGAUGAAGGCAGCCAAUACGACCUUAGCUAUUGGGAGGAUUCUCUUGGAGUCACUCACCGGCAGAGUUCCAAUCUUCAAAGAUGUCUUCAGCAUCUGGAGGAUUUCUUAACGCAGACCGCUAAGAUCCACGGUUCUCACACUUCCGACGAUGGCUAUCAGGGCAUUGAAACAGAAGUGGAUAUUGUAACUGCUGCAGAGCAUUUGCGUUUUGCAGCGGACACCCUGGCUAAGAUCACUGGCAAGGGCGAGAGUGGUGAUGUGGAGGAUAUCUUGGGUGUUGUUUUCGAGAAAUUCUGCGUUGGCAAAUGA